AUGAAGUUAUCAGUGACAAAAUUAAUUAUACAGCUAUUAAUACUAUUAAUAAUAGCCGCGAUAAUAUUCAUACUAUCGAUAUCUGUCUACAGUAUACGAUAUUGGCCAGAUGUAUACAAUUAUAUACACGCAAAUAUAACUAUCAAACGAAUACCGACCAUAACUGAAUUAAAUAUAACGUAUUAUGAAGAUACGACUGAUGUCGCGACCACAGAUUAUGUUUUAGAUACUACGAUAGAAUUCGAAAGCACAGAUUACUUCAGUCUCGAUGAAGUUGAAGAGAAAAGAGAUAAGAGGAGAAUAGACAUCGAAAAAGAUUAUAUAGAGCUUCCGAAGUCAGGUGUAGUGGAUUAUUUCUUCGAAAUCGAAACGAGCACUAGGAUAAUGACAGAUCUGGUUAACGAAGAUAAAUUGACGACUAAUAUGAAUGAUGUUGAAAUUAUUCGCGACACCAGUUUCAAAAAAGAUCGUAUGGCAAUGUAUAACGAGUCCUGUCCACUGGGCACGAGCGAUGACGUCACUACAGUUCUCUCCUGGAUAGCCGCCAUUUUUGUUAAAAAUGAGACCAAUCAGUAUCAAUAUCACUGUGACGGAGUUCUGUUAUCUACCCACAUUAUUGUUACAGCUGCGCACUGUGUCAACUAUACGCGCGCUGAAGAUCUAAUCGUGGUAUUGGGUACGACUUCCUUACAAAACUUGAAAGAAGAUCAAAGAAUCGUAAAGGCUAUAACAGAAGUUAUAGUGCACGAAAACUUCACGGAAGCAAGUAAUGAUAUCGCUCUUCUGAGGACAUUAGAUACUAUUGAGACGUCUCACUUGGUUUCAAUAGCGUGCUUGAGUGAUGAAGAGGAGUACAGCGAUGCUGUUACGACCGGUUGGGCGGCGUCGGGCGAAUUAAUGGCUAUACAUUUUGAUAAAGAGAAGAGUCAACUGUGCACUGGUGCGCAAGACAUCUGCGGCGUGUAUGGAAACGACGUAACAGUGUGUCCGAGUUUUGGAGGCGUAUACGCAGUGAAACAGGGAGGCUGGUACAUCCGUGGAAUACGUCAGGGUGAUCAGACGAAUAGAGCAAUUUGUAUCAACGAACCCGUACACUAUACACCACUAAACCUGUAUAGAGAAUGGAUAAAUUACUAUGUUUAG